AGAGAAUACAGUACGUUUUCUUCCUCAAAUUUCUUCUUCUGCUUCCACCGCCCCUCCUCCACUCCAAUCGCCGGUGACACCCUCUACAGCAGAGUCUAUUCCCUCUUCGCCUUCAUAAUUAUCAACUUCUCCUCGUGAAUUUUGGCGCGGUGAGGGCCGAUCCCAUCCCGUUUCACCCGUUCCGGCCGCUCUAGGCGGCGUUCCGACUAAACAUGGUUUCUAAGCAUCUGCUAACCCGAAUCUACUCCAUGACCCGACCCGUUUUACAAAUUCCGCAACCCAGGAAUCUCUGCUCACACCCUAAAUUCGUCCACGAACUCCAAACCCGGUUAUUUUCAGAUGCUCCGCCGCCAUCUCCAGCCGCUCCGGCUUCAACUCCCCCACCAGCGUCCAAUUUACAGUCGAAGAGCUCUCUGAAUGAAACGGAGCUUAAAAAAUUUGCUGCCAUUUCCGAGACCUGGUGGGAUGCUGAAGGACCGUUCAAGCCGUUGCAUUUGAUGAAUCCGACGAGGCUUGCUUUCAUUAGGUCCACUUUGUGCCGGCAUUUUGGAAAGGAUCCAAACUCUACAAGGCCCUUUGAAGGAUUGAAAUUUGUGGAUGUUGGUUGCGGAGGCGGAAUUUUAUCUGAGCCUUUGGCUCGUAUGGGUGCUACUGUUACAGGAGUUGACGCUGUGGAAAAGAAUAUCAAGAUUGCACAGCUUCAUGCGGAUUUGGAUCCGAUUACUUCCUCUAUUGACUAUCGUUGCACAACAGCUGAGAAAAUGGUGGAAGAGCAGAUGAAAUUUGAUGCUGUACUUGCACUGGAGGUAAUUGAGCAUGUAGCAGAACCUGCAGAGUUCUGCAAAUCGUUGUCAGCGUUGACGAGUUGUGGUGGAGCUACUCUCAUAUCAACAAUUAAUCGUUCAAUGAGAGCAUAUGCAACUGCGAUCGUCAUUGCAGAAUAUGUUUUACGUUGGCUCCCAAGAGGCACACAUGAUUGGUCGAGUUUUCUGACACCGGAAGAACUAGUUUUAAUUCUCGAGCGUGCUUCUAUUUCUGUCCAAGAGAUGGCUGGCUUUGUUUACAACCCACUCACGGGGCAGUGGUCUAUUUCUGAUGAUAUCAGUGUAAAUUUCAUUGCAUAUGCCACAAAGAACACCGAAUAAAUCAAAACUCUACGUAAGUCGCUGCUUAUUCCAUAUAAUAAACGUACGAGUAAAACUUUUAUCUUAAUUUGCACAAGUCUUAUCUUUUAAAUAUAGGGCAUAUUUUUGGUCA